AUGAGCGCUUUGCAUUUGGCAGCCAUCCUGGCUGCUGGAUCAGUCGCUGUAGCCUAUACUACACCAAUGGCUAAUGUGUGCACUGCUGCUCAUGUUAAAGCUACACUCCCCACUGAUGCGUUGCUUGGUCUCACUCUGCAACCUUCAACUGUCACCGCUGCUGCUGUCUACAACUAUAACGACACCGGCUCUCCGUUUUUCCCAGACAAUGUUUCCAGCUUCUGCAAUGUGACAUUUGGCUAUAGUCAUAAUGGAAAGGAUGACCAGGUUCUCGUCAAUUACUUCAUGCCGGCCCCUGCCAGUUUUCAAAACCGCUAUGUCUCGCAGGGAGGUGGUGCACUUGAUAUCUACUCUGGUGUUGCCAGUCUGGCUGGUGGAAUCCAAUACGGCGCUGUGAACGGCGGAACAGAUGGAGGAUUUGGAAGUUUCUCUGCCUCCUUUGACGAGGUUACGCUCCUGGCCAAUGGUACUGUCGAUCUUGACAUUGUCAACUUGUUCGGUUAUCAGGCCCACUACGAGCUGGGUGUUAUUGGCAGAGCUUUCACUCGCAACUUCUAUGGAAUGUCCGAGAAGACCAAGCUAUACUCCUACUUCCAGGCUUGCUCCGAAGGAGGUCGCGAGGCUUUCAGUCAGCUUCAGCGCUAUGGAGAGCUCUGGGAUGGCGCGUCAGUUGGCGCUCCUGCUUUCCGUUAUUCGUUCCAGCAAGUCCAGCAUCUCUUCUCUAAUAUUGUCGAGAAGACCAUUGGAUAUAACCCUCCCCUUUGUGAGAUGGCAACGAUCGUCAACGCUACUAUCAACUACUGUGACGGAUUGGAUGGUAAACAUGACGGUGUUGUGGCCCGAACAGAUCUUUGCAAGCUGAAAUUCGACCUUGACACCAUGGUCGGUAAGAGCUACUACUGUGCUGCGUCGAAUGGAGCUCCGGUUCAAAAUGGAAAAAUCACAAAGAAGGGAGUCGAGGUUGCAAAGGCUAUUAUCGAUGGCUUGCACGACUCAGAAGGUCGCCGGGUGUACGUCUCUUACCAGCCCUCCGCUGAUUUCCACGAUGCCCAGACGACAUACAACUCCGAGACCGGUUCUUGGGAUAUCUCCAUUGUCGGACUCGGCGGCGAAUAUGUAACCCAGCUCCUCCAGAAACUCGACAUUGAGAACCUACCCACUCUUGAUGGUGUCACCUACGACACAAUCAAGGACUGGAUGAUCGAAGGUAUGCAGACAUACCAAGAUAGUCUGCAAGUCAACUGGCCCGAUCUUACACCCUUCCACGCCAAUGGAGGCAAACUCAUCCACUUCCACGGCGAAUCUGACAGCAGUGUUCCCACUGCUUCCUCAGUCCGAUAUUGGGAAUCUGUCCGCAAGACAAUGUACCCCAAUAUGAGCGUCGCUGACGGCACAGAGGCCACCAAGGAGUGGUAUCGUCUCUACCUUGUCCCUGGUGCGGCACAUUGUGAUUGGAAUGAUGAGCAGCCGAAUGCUCCGUGGCCGCAGACUGGCUUGAAGACGAUCAUCAACUGGGUUGAACAUGGUAUUGAGCCUGUUAGGCUCAAUGGUACGGUCUCUUUGGGUGAGAAUGCGGGUGACAUAAUGGAGAUUUGCUCGUGGCCGCUGCGGCCUUACUGGACUGAUAAUGGGUCUAAACUUGAAUGCCAGUAUGAUCAGACUUCUAUCGAUACUUGGUUGUACGAGUUUGAUGGAGUGCCUGUUCCAGUUUACUAG